AUGAAGGUUGUCUUCUCAUUGCCAGACUUAUAUAAACCUGUUGUAACAUUGUACACUAACACACAACAAUCCCUUGCUCAAUACGAUGGCCCCUAUGAAAUAAUUGAACACAUUCAUGGAGAUUCUUAUCUCAUACAGAAAAUUUCUUCAAAAGGAAGACGUAUUGAAUCCACAUUCAAGACUAAUGCCCGUCUACUGAAAUUGGUCCCAAAAAGUUUCUCCGUAAUACACGACAAUGACCAAGAUAUUGAACCUCACCCUACGGAAAAACCAAUAGCUACAGACAUUAUUAAGUUAAUUCAAUCAUCGAAAAAGAGAUGA